AAAGGUAAUUGAAACCGACUUAAAGUUCAUUUUUCCAUUAUUCUAAAGGUGAAUCCGAUUAUUGUUGAUUUAAGUAUCGGAGUGUUUACCCCAAGGAUCACCUUGGGGCUUUGCAAGUAUAUCCAAAGUGAAGACACGGACUAAAGAAGGACUUUUGGUUUGGUGCAAUUGCACCAACUCCUGCAGCCACGCCAGAUCCCCGCCACCGCAAUGCAGUCCUCUCCAAAGAUAUUCCCAUCAAUCCAUCAAACCACACCUGGGCUCGCAUCUUCCUUCCCUGCCAAGUACUCGAUGGUUCCUCGCCGGCUGCUAAAACUUCCGGCUGUGGUCAUGUCGGUUGAGUACCGGCUUGCUCCCGAGCACCGUCAUCCGGAGGCUUAUGAUGACGCCAUGGAAGCACUGCACUGGAUAAAGUGUAAUCAAGAAGAGUGGCUGAGGGAAUACGCUGAUUUUUCUAACUGUUUCCUAAUGGGAACCAGUGCCGGCGGAAAUAUCACCUACCAUGUGACGCUGCGGGCGGCGGAGGCGGUUAAUGAGCUGGAGCCGUUACAAAUCAGAGGAAUGAUAUUGAAUCAUCCCUUCUUUGGUGGGAUCCAUAGGACUGGCUCUGACCGUGAUCACAAAUAUUGUAAUCUUGCGGUGGAGGGUGGGUCAAAGUUCUUGGAAAAAGUAAGAGCGGUUGGAUGGAGAGUGCUGGUCAAUGGGUGUGAGGGGGACCCACUGGUGGACCGGCGGAAGGAGGUGUUGAAAUUGAUGGAGGAGAACGGCGUGGAAGUCAUUGGGCGUUUCGUCACCGGAGGUGUUCACGCAGCAGAAAUGUUCGAUAGUUCCUGGGCUAAGGCCUUGCAUGCUAUGUUGAAAGAUUUCAGUUUUCUCCUCGAAGGUGACCGCUUGGUAAUGCUGAUUAAAUGAAGCGAUCACCACGUUAAUUUCCUUUGUUUUCCAUGCUAACAGUGUUUGUUUUUUAUUUUCAGCGUGUUUUUAUGCUUUGUUUGUUAAUUGUCUUGAGAAGACAACAAUCAGUCAUUGCAUUAGCUAAUUUAAUUCGAGCUAUUGAACUUACAUUAUGUUUAGGUUGAUCAAAAUGGAGGAGAAAGGAAAAAAUUUUUUCCUAUUGA